AUGUGGAGAUGGUCAGAGAUCCUAACCCUUUGUUCUCCCACCACCCACACACUUCCAUUCCAUUGCCCAUCCACUCUGCAACCCAGUUGCGCAGGAACUGCUGCUGCCAGCAGCUACCGCCAGCUGCUGGGGGUGGAAGGGGUCUUGGUCUUGGGCUCUGGCGGACUGACCAUUGGCCAAGCCGGCGAGUUCGACUAUUCGGGCAGUCAAGCGAUCAAGGCACUCAAGGAAGCCGGGAUUAUGUCAAUCCUCAUCAAUCCGAACAUUGCCACGGUGCAAACAUCUGCAGGAAUGGCUGAUAGAACCUAUUUCCUGCCAGUGACGCCUGAAUUUGUGGUGAAGGUCAUCGAGCGAGAGAAGCCCGAUGGAAUUUUCGCGGCCUUUGGUGGACAGACGGCUUUGAACUGCGCCGUGAAGCUUUACCAAGCUGGAGUCUUCGAAAAAUACAACGUCAAGGUGCUUGGAACUCAGAUCGAUGCCAUCAUGAAGACUGAGGAUCGUGAGCUCUUCAGUCAGGUGGUGGACGCCUGUGGUGAGAAGAUCGCAGAGUCCUCCUGCUGCGACUCGGUGGCCGAGGCGGCGGCCGCGGCUGCAGAGAUCGGCUAUCCCGUGCUGGUGCGGGCGGCGUAUGCGCUGGGCGGCCUUGGCAGCGGCUUCGCCAACGACGAAGAGGAGCUGCGGAAGCUGGUGACCGUGGCCUUGGUGAACAGCCCGCAGGUCAUCGUUGACAAGUCAUUGAAGGGUUGGAAGGAGCUUGAGUACGAAGUGGUGCGUGACAAGAACGACAAUUGCAUUACGGUUUGUAACAUGGAGAACUUUGAUCCCAUGGGCGUCCACACCGGUGAGUCCAUUGUCAUUGCGCCGUCCCAGACCUUGAACAAUGAGGAGUACUACAGGUUGCGCCAGUGCGCCCUGAAGAUCAUUCGACAUUUGGGCGUUGUGGGAGAGUGCAACAUCCAGUAUGCCGUCGACCCGAAGAGCUCCGAGUUCCGCAUCAUCGAGGUGAACGCUCGGCUGAGCCGCAGCAGUGCGUUGGCCUCGAAGGCCACCGGAUAUCCCUUAGCUUACGUGGCUGCCAAGUUGGCUUUGGGACAUGAUUUGGUGCAGCUCAGGAACAGUGUGACUCGAUGCACCACGGCGUGCUUCGAGCCAUCCUUGGACUACGUGGUGGCAAAGGUGCCUCGUUGGGACUUGCAAAAGUUCUCCACCGUGGAUGCCCGGAUUGGCUCGGCCAUGCAGAGUGUGGGCGAGGUCAUGGCUAUCGGCAGGACUUUCGAGGAGACCAUCCAAAAAGCCCUCCGUAUGGUUGAUGAGACUAGCCUUGGGUUCGACCCGAUCCGCUUCGACUUGGAGCUCAAUCGUCGAAAUGCACACAACUGCAGUGGCACCAACUUGGAUGCCGAGCUCAAGAAGGAGCUUAGCAACCCAACUCCAGUUCGCAUGUGGGCCAUUGCCAAAGCCUUCGAGCAGGGAAUGGGGGUUGAGGAAGUUCAUGCAUUGACCAACAUUGAUCGAUGGUUCCUUUCGAAGCUCCAUGGCCUCCAUGAGAUCAAAGGCACCAUGAGGACCAUGGACAUCUACGAGCUGCGCAGCAAUCCGUUGCUUUUGAAGGAGGCGAAGAUCAGAGGUUUCUCGGAUCGGCAGAUCGCAUCGUUGAUCUCAGUGCCAGAUAGAAUCCUGGACUGCGCUCCUUCUCCAGCUCUUCUUCCCAUUGACCAUGGUUCACAGCGAUAUACCGGUGGUCCUGUCACGGAGGCUCACAUCCGUUUCCUCCGCAAGAAGCUUGGCAUUGUGCCCAUGGUCAAGCAGAUUGACACUUUGGCGGCCGAGUACCCAGCAGAAACCAACUAUUUGUAUUUGACCUACUCUGGUCAAGAGCACGAUGUGGCUUUGGUGGGCAGCGACAAGCAAUGCUCGGACGUGCAAAUCACCGACUUGACCCCGGCCAUUCCGGAGCCCCUCACGUUGAAGCCCGAGGGCGAGGGCCGGGAGCGCUUGGGCCGCGAGGGCGAGGAGAGCGAGUCGCGGAUCAUCGUGCUGGGCUGUGGCCCCUACCGCAUCGGCAGCAGCGUGGAGUUCGACUGGUGCAGUGUCUCCUGUGUAAGGACCUUGCGAUCCUUGGGACACAAGGCUAUUGUCAUCAACUGCAACCCAGAGACGGUGUCCACGGAUUUCGACGAGUCAGAUCGACUCUACUUCGAGGAGCUCAGCCAUGAGAAGGUCAUGGACAUCGCUGAACUGGAGACGCCACGGGGUGUGGUGGUCUCCGUGGGCGGGCAGACGCCGAACAACCUGGCACUCGGCUUGCACCGUUGCGGCGUCCGGAUCCUGGGGACCUCGGUGGAGGCCAUCGACGCCUGCGAGGACCGCAACAAGUUCUCCCAACUCUGUGACCAGCUCCGCAUCGACCAGCCCGAGUGGUCCGAGUUUGCCACCCUGGAGGAGGCGCGGCGUUUCUGUACCACUGCUGGCUUUCCGGUCUUGGUGCGGCCCUCCUAUGUGUUGAGCGGCGCAGCCAUGCGUGUGGUCACAAAUGAUGAUGAUUUGGACGUGUUCUUAAAAACUGCCGCUGUGGUGAGCAGGGAUCAUCCAGUGGUGAUCUCCAAGUACAUUGCAGGCGCAAAGGAAGUUGAAAUGGAUGCUAUCGGUAACAAUGGUGAUUUGGUGAACUAUGCCAUCGCAGAGCACAUUGAGAACGCUGGUGUCCACAGUGGGGAUGCGACGCUGCUUCUGCCAGCGCAGCGUCUCUUUGUCGAGACUCAUAGACGGGUCAAGAGCAUCUCGCAGAAGUUGUGCAAAGCUUUGAAGAUUUCCGGGCCCUUCAACAUCCAGUUCAUUUGCAAGGACAACGAAGUGAAGGUGAUUGAGUGCAACCUCCGUGCUUCUCGCUCCAUGCCCUUCAUUUCAAAGACCUACAAUGUGAGUCUUGGCACUACUUGA